GAACAGAGGCUUCAGUGUAAAGAGUAUGAGCAUCUUAACGGAGCAGGUCUGCUGGGAGUCUUGUGCCUAAUCUGAGCGGAAGCUUUGGAUACUGUCCACCCAUCAUCAGCCUGACUUGCAAAAUGUCUGACUUUGAGGAUUUCACCAAGCCAGGAGGGCAGGCGAAUGUAUCUGAGAGCUACCAGCUGAACCCCACCAGCGUGAUUGUGUCGGUGGUCUUCUCCCUCAUCUUCCUGCUGGGCACCAUCGGCAACAGCCUGGUGCUCGCUGUGCUUCUGCGGAGCGGGCAGGUGGGAUACAACACGACCAAUCUGUUCAUUCUCAACCUGAGCGUGGCCGACUUCUUCUUCAUCAUCUUCUGCGUUCCUUUCCAAGCCACUAUCUACUCUCUGGAGGGCUGGGUGUUCGGCUCCUUCAUGUGCAAAGUGGUCCACUUCUUCAUCAACCUCACCAUGUACGCCAGCAGCUUCACACUCGCUGCUGUCUCUGUUGACAGGUAUCUCGCCAUUCGUUACCCACUACGCUCCAGAGAGCUACGGACCCCGUGUAAUGCAGUGGUUGCCAUGGUGAUCAUCUGGGGUCUGUCUCUGGUCUUCGCGGGUCCUUAUCUCAGCUACUACGACCUCAUCGAUUAUGCCAACAGUACUGUGUGUAUCCCCGGCUGGGAGGAGCAGAACAGGAAGGUGCUGGACACGUGCACCUUCCUGUUCGGCUAUGUCAUCCCAGUGCUGAUCGUGAGUCUCUCAUACACUCGAACCAUCAAGUACCUGUGGACGGCUGUCGACCCUCUGGACGGCAUGUCAGAAUCCAAGAGGGCCAAACGCAAAGUCACCAAAAUGAUCAUCAUCGUCACCGUGCUGUUCUGCAUCUGCUGGCUGCCGUACCACGUGGUGAUCUUGUGCUACCUGUACGGAGACUUCCCCUUCAAUCAGACCACGUAUGCCUUCAGGCUUCUCUCCCACUGCAUGGCUUACGCCAACUCCUGCGUCAACCCUAUUGUCUACGCUCUGGUGUCCAAGCACUUUCGCAAAGGCUUCAAGAAAGUGUUCAGCUGCAUCCUCAGUAAAAAUGGGAGAAACAAGGUCCAUGUGGUUCAUGUAGCCAACACUGUGCCUGGCUUUGAAGCGGGCUCCACAGAGGUGUCGCAGAUGAACGAGGAGAACAUGCGACAGAAUGAAUGUGAGAUGAUUAACAGGCCGAUCAGAGAGCCAAGAGAAGCCACGGUGACACUGAAUUUGCCCUUUCAGCGGCAGACUUGACAGCUGACUCAGCUCUGCAGAUGGCCACAGAACAGAUUGCCUUAGACAUUGCAGCUAAUAUUUGAAAGAAUGUGUUAACUUCUCAUCAUGACAUCUACAGUUUUGGUGGCAAACAGGAGAGGAGAUAAAACAUAUUUACACAUUUAGUAUCAAAGGUCUAGUGUGUGGGAUUUAGGAGGAUAUAUUGGCAGAAAUGGAAUAUACUUAAGUUUGUUUUAUUUAUUGUAUCAUCACCUGAAAGUAAGAAUUGUUGUGUACCUUAAAAUGAGCCAUUUAUAUCUACACAAGGAGCAGAUCCUCCUUCAUGAGGUCCACCAUGUUGCACUGCCAUGUUUCUACAAUAACCCAGAACAGACAAACCAAACACUGGCACUAGAUAGGGCCAUUUGUGUUUUUGCAUUGGCCUCCAUAUAGUGAGGAGCUCCUCAGCAACAUGCAGAGGCACUGAAUUGUUUAUGUGAAACUGCUUUAUUCAGUGCUGUUACUGGUUUAAAUCACUGUGUCCGUUUGUUUUGGGAAGAUGGGAGACCUCUGCAGAUAAUUUGGCUCCUGAACGUCAGGAUUAGAAAAAAGGUAAGAACCAUUAAACAAUCAGAGAAAAAAGGUGACAUGACAUUGAGUGACACAUUAGCAGGUGCACGUAACAGACAGGCUGAACAGCAUCUAAGAAACACUUAUUUUCUGGUCCCUUUGUUCUGCGAGAGACCUCUGUGGAUAAACUGGCUCCUGGUAAAGACCUCCUGAACACUGAAGGACUUCUAACCAGGAGAAGUUUCAGCUGAUUGCAAUCCACAAUCCUCACCACUAGAUGCCACUAAAUCCCCUAAAUCUUUCACACUGGAUCUUUAAGUUGUGCACGGUAAGUCCACGAUCCACAAUGUGUUUGUUUCAUCAUUUUUGUCAAGCACUACUUCCCAUAAUGUUCCACUAACAUAUGUAGCCUACACUCAGUCAGAAAAGUAUUUACUCAAAGUGUUCUCAGUAUUUCCUGUUUGCACCAUUUGCCUUAACCACGGCCUGCACUUUGGUAUUAAUUUGAGUUUGUCAGUAUCUGAGAAUCCACAGUACUCCAGCACUUUUUAAAAGCAGCAAAGAAUGUGUCUCACAGAGUUACAGUUAUGUUUCAGCUUUUUAAAUGGUCCCAAAGAUGUAAGUCGUUUGCUCUUCGCUUGACUUCAAACAGGGUUCAGGGUCAUUGUCCUUCUCAUAAAGUCUCAUCCCUUUGCUUCUCCUGUGAUGUGGUGCUUCUCCUCGUCAAGUCAAGUCAAGUCAUCAUGACACUGCAGUAUAACCAACACCAUGUUCAUCUGUAGCUUUUAUGUUGUGUUAUAUAAAUCUCUUAUAUGGUCUUUUCCUCAC